AUGAGUUCGGCAAGCAGGAUUGAGCUAGAGAAGCAGAGGGCUACUGCUCGCUCAGGGGGCGUUUACCUGGAAAAAGGGAAGGAGACCCUGCAGCGUGCAGACCCUCCAAAGGCACACGGGACCCACCGCCCCAUCUCUGACCUUGAGGUCAACCUGAGGUGCUGGGCACUGGGCUUCUACCCUGCGGACAUCGCCCUGACCUGGCAGCGUGACGGGGAGGACCAGACCCAGGACAUGCAGCUGGUGGACUGGGCCUGCGGGGAUGGGACCUUCCAGAAGUGGGCGGCCGCAGCCGUGGGGGUACCCCCUGGAGAGGAGCAGAAAUACACGUGCCAUGUGCAGCACAAGGGGCUGCCUGAGCCCCUGACCCUGAGAGGGGAGCCGCCUUCUCAGACCUUCUUCAUCAUCAUGGGCAUCGCCUGGGGGCCUGGAGCUGGGAUGUGGGGGAGGAGACGCUCAGGUGGGAAAAGAGGAAGCUCUGCUCAGGCUGCCAGCAGUGACGGUGCCCAGGGCUUCUAA